AUGUUCAGCGAUUUGUACAGCAAUGUGGGGAACUGCGUGCCACUAAGUUUGAUUGCGCAAUCCACUGGACGAGCAACCAUCGCUGGAAUUAAAUGGCGUCAACGGGUUCGGAAAGUGCCGACUGCAGAACGCCUGUUGGUUCACAAGAGUCCUGCAGCCGCAUCUAUGAGGAAUCUCCGACCCCGUUACGGCCGUGCCGGAACAGCAUCCACUGGGGCGUGCCUGUUCCGCAAUGUAGCCGUUUUCGAG